AUGGUAGGGGCGCUAGAUGUUGCCCGGGUCGACUCGCUAUAUUGCUCUCAGAGCGGAUCCAUACCCGGGAUUGGUUUCUGCUCUCCGACGGGAUUGUGGGAUCGUGGGUGUAACAUCGAUGGGAAUCCCUUGUUCCUGAGCUGGAAUUUGUCUCUGGCGGGUGAGGUGGAGUCCAUUAUAAUCAAAGCUAUAGGAAAGCUUGAUGAGCUUGACAAAGAGCUUAACACUUACACAACGAGCCUUGAAAUUUGUGACCAUAUUCUUGCUCUUACUGAGUGCAGAGCUCAGCUUCAUGGCAUCUUGAAGAGCAGAAUGAACACAAUUGCACCAAACCUAACUGCACUUGUCGGGGAGAUGGUUGGUGCACGCCUAAUUUCUCAUCGUGGUAGUUUAUUGAACCUCUCAAAGCUACCUUCGUGCAAGAUUCAGAUUCUUGGAUCUGAAAAGGCCCUAUUAAGAGCCUUCAAGAACGGAAACAACACUCCAAAGUAUGGUCUCAUUUACCACGCACCUCUGGUUGCCCAAGCUGCACCAGAGCACAAGGCUAAAAUCUCUCGGUCACUAGCUGCAAAAGUUGCUCUUGCUAUCCGUUGUGAUGUUCAUGGUGAUGGCCGACAAGGCAACUCUAUGGGAAUGCAAAGCCUCUUAAAGCUUGAAGAACGGUUGAGAGAUCUCCAAAGAAGAGGUUCAGGACAUGUGUCUGAUGAUGAGGAAGAUUCCAAAAUCGAGGAAGAAGCCAAAACUGAGGAGCCUUCGAAGGAGAAAGGGAAGACAGAAGCAGAAUCCCAAGAGCCGACGCAUUCUGUAACAAUUAACUACAGAAAAAUGUCACAAAACGUAGCGAUUUGCUACUUUUACAGUAGUCACAAAUUUGUAACAAAUUGCGACAAUUAG